AUGGCUUAUAGUAUUAAUCAAAUUACAGUAACAACAUUGGAUGCUGUUCAAUGGAUUAGUAAGGCAUGGAAUAUGGUUACAAAUAUGACUAUCUGCAAUGCCUUUCUAGAAGCUGGCUUUUCUAGUCCUGCAUCAGCAAUUCUGAAUUCAAGUGACGGUGUUAUGUUUAUAGAUUCUAGUGAAGACCAAAAUCCUAUCAAACAACUCGAUGAUCUUCUUACUCACUUGAAUAUUCGCGGUAAUCGAAUGUCGGCUGAACAACUUGUUCAUAUCGACUGA